GAGAUGAGCAGCAAAGUCAACGUUCAACAGUCAAAAGCCUUGACAAAAUGGGAGUUUCUUGUUAGUUAAAACCUUGGACUUUCGUAGCCACACCAUUUUCUUCCAACUGCAACACAACCCCAACAACUCAUUGUUUUUACAGAGUUCUAAAGAACAUCAUAUAUAAAUACCAAACCCAAUGUUCAUCACCAACACCUUCUCUUUCUUUCUCACACAGCCAUGAGUUACUUCGACAACGAUCACGACCACAGUCCGUUAUUCCAGAACCACAAUGACUUCAACCGGAGGAUACUAAUCACCGCCAUAGUUUCCCUAUCAGUCGUGCUACUUUUAGUCUUUGCUCUUCACAUAUACGCAAGGUUUUUUCUGCGCCGUCAAACUCGCCGCCGAAGCGCCAUAUACCAACUCAGUCUCAACGUCGCUCACGCGCAAGCCCAACCGCCAAACACCGGCCUCGACCCCGCCGUCAUCACCGCUCUCCCCACUUUCCCCUUCAAACAACAGAACGACGCCGUUGAGUGCGCCGUCUGCUUGAGCCUUCUCGAAGACGGAGAACAUGUCAGACUUCUUCCUAAUUGCAAGCAUAGCUUCCACGUCGGCUGCAUCGACAAGUGGCUCGCCUCACACUCCACGUGUCCCCUUUGUCGAUCCAAAGCGGAACCGCUCCGAUUUGAACCGGUCCAGCGCGAGGACCCCACCCGGUUGGCUCUUCCCACCGCCCCGGUAUCGUUCGAAAACGUGGAAGGAACAUCCGACGGUGGUAAUGGGUCACCUAAAAUCAACGGCUCCAAUUCCAGGUUGAGUUCGUUUCGAAGAAUUCUCAGCAGAGAGAGAUCGUUGAGGAGAAUCCAACCUUCUACGCAUGAUGAUGUUGAACAGGACUUAGAGAGACAGUGAUAGAUUCAUUAUUGAGCACUUACCUAUGGAUUGAUUAGAAGAACAUGUAACAUCUUCAACAAACAGAGAAGAAAAAUGGAGGAUUCACCAUAACCUCUGCAUAUUGCAUUUCAAGAACAGAAGAACC